CAUUUGUUAUGGGUGUUAUAAUGACGCUAAGUAGCUACUCUCACUUCUUGUGUCUUGUUGCCUUCUUCUACACGGGCUCCAAGCUCACACGAUUCCGAGCCAGCAGAAAGGAAGAACUGGAAGAGGAUUACAAAGAAGGUGGACAGAGAACAUGGGUCCAAGUCUUCACCAAUGGGGGAAUCCCCGCUCUAUACGCAGCCCACUUCAUCCUGGAGACAGGCUUCCAAGACCACCCCUUGGACUUCUCCAACUAUUACAACACCACUUAUAUCGCCCUCGGGGUGAUGAGUGGGAUAGCCUGCUGUAGCGGUGACACGUGGGCUUCAGAGGUUGGGAGCGUCGUAGGGACACAGAGCCCUCGCUUGAUUACAACAUUGGAAAAGGUGCCAAGAGGAACCAAUGGGGGCAUAUCACUUGUGGGUACGCUGAUGAGCUUUGCAGGAGGACUAGUCGUAGGCCUAGGAUACCUGCUAGGAAUCUUCAUGACUUUCAGUCAAGACAUGCUUCAUAACUCCCCACCCCAGUGGCCUGUCGUCCUCUUUGGGGGCGUGGCUGGUCUGCUAGGCUCACUCUUCGACUCCUUGCUUGGGGCAUGGUUCCAGUACUCAGCAUACUGUACAAGACAGCACAAGGUGGUCCACCAAGCCUCCCCUACCACAGAACAUAUAUCAGGUAUCGCCCUCUUUGACAACGAAGGAAUCAACCUCUUAUCCUGCCUUCUAACGGUCCUCAUCAUGCCUCACAUAUGCUUUACCUACUGGCCACAGAUCAGCUAGAAAUAGACCAACAAGUAACAAAAGUUAUAGUCAUGUUGUAGGAGAACGUCUCUUCAUCUUGAAUUGUAUUAUCUAUUAUACAGUCAAACCUGUGUAGAAAGACCACCUGAAGGAGACUCAUAUGUGGUCUUUGUAAACAGCUUGUCAUACAGGCUUAACCUAAAUGCCUCAUGUGGGUUUUGAUGUGCUGAAUGCAGACCAGCUAGAACUCCUGCGUUAAGAAGGAGAACUCUAUUCAUGUUAUAGAAGUUUAUCUUGAACUGUAUUAACCUUUACACUAUCAAACCUGUGUACAAAGACCAUCCAGGGGAGAAAAAAAUUUGUGGUAAUUAUAGACAGAUGGCCUUUAUAUAUACAGGUUCUACUAAAACUUGUUUGUUAGAUAGGGAUGUAUGAUAUGGUCUUAACCUGUUGGGUGAUGAAAGAUAUGAAGCCUACAGGCUUGAACAGGAAUCGCCCAGUCCCUGUUUGCAAUGGGUUAAACAGGUGGUCUUUGUAUCAAACUCCUGAUUAAUACGUAUUUUAAUGAGAAACACUGUCUCAGUUGAGAGAAACAUAUAGUAUGGGCUUUCUAGACAGGUCUUUCUAUACAGGUGAUUACUGAUGCAGGGUCCUGUUUCAUGAAAAUUGUUAUCAAUAAGAAAUGCUAAAUUUCUAAGACAAAUUUGGUCUCAACCAAUAAAAUGCUGUGAUUUCAGUAGCUUAUAACAGUAAACAUAACUUGUUAUUGAUAGCAAUUUCUAUGAAACAGGGCCCAUAUAUGAUGAUAUGCCUUUGUACUAUAUUUUUCAUGUAGCCUUGCUUCCAUCCUGACUGAACUCUACCUUUGAUGCCAAUGAACUGAUUAACAGAGUCUUGAAUGUAAACUGACUACAUUCUUGUAAUGACUGCUGUGUUCUCCUUUCUUUUAAAGGCUAAGUCCACUCCAAAAAUAAUUUGCUUUUAAUAGAUGCAGAAAAGUGGGAGAAACAGAGCCAAAUAAGUUCGAGCAAAAUCGGAUAGCUAAUGAGGAAGUUAUGAUUUUUUUUUGUAAGUAUGAAAAACUAUGCAACUUACAAAUCACUACA